AUGGAAUCGAGGGAGGAGAAUCAGCUCGACGUUCAGGUUCCCGACUCGUACAUUGGUGCAAUUCUGGGAUCGCGUGCGCGCACCCUGAUCGACAUCCAACAACAAACCGGGGCCAAGAUCACCGUCCACAAGAGGGGCGAGGAGCCGUUUCCACUUCACGAUGACGCCACUCGGCUUAUCAGUAUUGUCGGCGAUGCGGACCAACGCCUUGCCGGACGUCUUCUGAUCGAGCGCGUCAUCAACGACAAUUUCAACCGUCGCCAAGUGUCG